UCCAAGUGUGUCAACACAGAUAAACAAGGAUAUAAUGGCUGCAAUGGAAGAGAAAGUGAAGACUUUGAAGCAAUCUUAUUUGGUGAAUAACCCAGAGUAUAAACGUCUUCUGAGUGAAGUAGACACUUUUUGUUUCAACCAGAAACUGUCAUCGUUCUUAGUGAAAAAACACAGAAGUAAAAGAAGGCAGGAGGACCAUGCUUCGCAUUUCUAUAGCAUAUUACUGGAAAUGCUGUAUGAAGUUCAUAGAAAUGGACCAGAAUUGCAGCUCAUAAUUUUGGACAAGGUGCUGGGUUGGUAUCAGACAAAUAACCCUGGAAUACAAAAAGUAUUGGAUUUUUGUGGACCAGUAUCUGCGGAGCAUAUAAGGAUCUCUAAUAAUGCAUCACCAAAACUCAUCAAAAGUGCUCCAACACUGAGGAGAAAAACAAGGAAUCAUGUAUCUGAUGACCAUUCUUUUAUGAGUAAGAUAUCUAUGGAAGAAUUAUACAAUUCUUCAGAAACUCACAGUGUUCAACUACAACAGAGAUCUGAAAUGUCUAUGGCUGUCUGUGAGAGCAGCGACACAAGUCAUACACCUCAAAGUCUGUUGUCUUUGCCCAGUCAACCAGAAGGAAGUGUUCAUGUAAAUGAUAUUUUGCUGAUGGUUAAGAAUGUGAGUCUGAAAAUGGAAAAAGGUAGAAGUCAAACCAGCAAUUUAUAUAAAAGACCUGUUCAGCUUGCAGAAAACAAACUUCACCCAGAUGAUGAUAAUUUGCCCACAAUUUGUUUAGGAGGAAAAUCAUACUGUGACUGGAGAGGCCUCAUGUCCCAAAGCUCUCUGAGAGCCCCUCCUGCUGAGAAGACAAGUAUUCCUGCUGAGUCUUUGAAGUUUCUAAGAAAAGGAACAGAAAAGGAGUCCUCAUUCCAAGAAAAAAGGGUAACAUCAGUGUUUUAUGAAGUUACACCGCCUACAAAGGAGAUUUCAAAACAUAAGGUGAAAAAGCCCCUGAGGACUCCUGAGAGUGGCAGGCUGAUGAGCACACCAGGGAGAGUUUCCCUGGAAGCAAGCCUCGUGACUUUAAAAAGAGAAACAAGUCCACAGUUAUUUAAUGGAAGCAAAAUGGGUGAAAAGAACAAUGUUUUGGAUUUUUCCUGUAACUCACAGAGCAAUAUCAAUGAACUUGAAGUUGAGGCAGCAUCUGAGAGCAAUAUGGAUAACUCUGAGGAACUGGCAAAGCUGCUGGGCAUGGGAGCUCAUGGCUGCGAAAAGAUGAAAAAUGGCAGGGCUGUAUUACAGGCUUCCCAGGGAGUCAGCAUUGAAACUGAAAAUCAGAUUGUAUCACUACCUCAUGAAAGCAAAUCCUUAACAGAAGAGUCCUGUGAAAAAAACAGCAAUUUUAUGAAUGACAGACCAAAAAGACCACCACUUUCUUCUGGAGAUUUUAAGUCUUUGUCACAAGAAAUCAAAUAUUUUGACAAUAUGAGCAACACUGUUCCCAUGGAUAAAGUAAUAUCAACUGAAACCUACACAGAAAAAAAGCCCUGGCAGAAAGUGAUUGAGCAGCAAGUACAGUUUCCUUCCUUUAUGUCAUCAUCUGUAAUAGGCUCAGACUGUUGUAUUGAAGCCAAAGAUGCAAUUCCUACAGAUGAAAAGAUCCUUUGUGAUAAUCAACAUCCUGAGAUGACUGGGCAAGUCUGGGAGAACAUUACUGCAGAAGAAACAAGGAAUCACAAGGAUAAUCUAUGUCAUAUUGAAGAUGAUUGGAGAAAAGACAAUAGCAAAAAUGCAAAAAGCAGUACUGAAGAACUUUUCCAAGAUGUAUCACAGAUAUCAACUAUUAAAACAUGCAUUCCUGAAUUCUGCAAGGGGAACAGUGUGAUAAGAAAAACAAAUACAAGAGCUAUUAAGCAGAGUACAAAGAGAAGCAUAAUGACAGGAAAGUCUGUAGCUACUUACCUUCAGACUAAAAACCAAGAUACUCAGUUAAAAGUAAUAAUGCUAAAUGAAAACACUGUUUCAAGUGUUAAUAGCAAAUGCAUUUUCGAAGAGUCUGGUACUCCUGGGGCAGAAAAGAUAACCAUUUCUGAAAAUAGGGACCUGCCGCUAGAGAAGAAAGAACAAACAUUCACUCUCCAGAGGAGCUUGAAGGCGCACAGAUGGCAGCUUUCCUCUAUUUAUAACAGAAGACAGAAUGGGGAGCUAAGGGAGUGGAUGGAUAUUGUAAAGGAAGAGAAGAUGCUUGAUAACACUCGCAGGCAAGAACAGAGAAAAAAAUCACAGCAAAUGCUUCAGCAUUUCAGACAAAUAACAAAGGAAAGGCUGAAGAGAGUUGGUCCUCAUCUGGAAGUCUAUGAUGCCUUUCAUCCAAAGAGAACUGGACCUUCCAGUCGAGAUUUUAAAAGAGCUGCAAUUUGUAUUCAGAAGCACAUUCGUGGUUGGCUAACACGAGCACAACUCAACAGGAUUCGGGCAAAGGCCCUUAGUCAUGGACCAUCUCUUACAGUUGUUGUGAAGGAAUACUAUCAAAUGAUGCGGAAAUUGAAAAGACGCUUUGGUAUUAAAAAACUCUCUGUGCCACUUGUGUACAUGGAACUGGAACAAUGGCUGGAUAGAAAAACAAUGUAUGAACAGAUGUUUGCAAAAAGGGAGUUUUGGAAAGAGAUGGACAAAAAUGAAUUGCCUAAUUUCUUCAGAGACUGUGGCCAUUUCCCCUCAGCGCAAGACAUUGAAAACACAUGGUCUUUGAUAAAUCACGGUACCUUCGGGAAGGCAGGUGAUGCAGUGAAGAAGCAGCAGGCGGUGGAAAUGGCGUUCACUCUUUACCCUCCUCCAAGCAUAAAACAUGUCAACGCCCGGCAGUCAACAUGGGUGUAUCCUAUUGUGGAUGGAGAAGAGGGAUGCAGAUAUUUAGUCUCAGACCACCCAGUUUUGAAGGAGGCUGAUAUCCAGGUUGUCGGAAGACUGGUAUGUGCGUCAAUGAAGGAGAGGAAAGACAGACAGGAAUUAACCAACAAGCCUAACAAUGCUACAUGUGCAAAAAAGGCCACCUGAAUUAUUUUUUCUUUAGAGUGAUGUUGAAUUUCAUGUUACAUAAAAAUCAACAAUGGAUCUGACUAUUUAAAUUAGAUAGUAUUAUUAUUAUUAUUAUUAUUAUUAUUAAUAAGAUAUUCUAAUUUACAUUGAUGUACCUUGUAGGUUCUCAGUCUAUCUGAAACAUACAGUAGAAUAAAAUACAGAUUAUUACAGUAUGUUUUAUUAUUUAUGAGGUAUGAAAACCAUUGACAAAAUAAAAGUCUGCACGUCUGAUAGUAAAGGUAUAAAAAUGCACCUUAUAUGCAUUCAUAACAUCUUUUUGAACACAAAAAUGGUUUUUGUUAUGUGUAAUAUUGAAGUCCUUGUUCUGGAAUGUAUUUGUAUGAGUAACACUCCUAAAGUACUUUUUAAGUUCCCGGAAGAGAAAGUAAAAUAAUGACACCACCCAAAUGUACAGUACCAAAGUAAAAGUUUAUUGGGAUUUAUUUUUGUAAAUUCUGGUCUCAAUUGGUUCUAAUUAACCAUAAAGUAAAUGCUAAUUAUUUGAGUUAAAAAUGGCAAACCUCUCUUUAAAAUAUAAUAUUAAUGUUAAAAAAAAUUCUGUAUCCUGGUAAAUAAAUAGAAAGGUCAACCAUUGUUUGAGGUAAUUGUUAAUUGCAUUAAUUACAGUUAUGUUCCCUUAGGUUUUUUAAUUGGUUGCAAAUUACAUUGUUUUCACUGAGAUGUUAUUAAUGUACAUCUCAUUUAAUGUACUAAUGUACGAAGGCUGGUCACUCAAUUGCUUUCUUAUUUCAGUGAGGUGGUAGUUCCAUCAGAGCGCACAUUUUCCUCCAUGCUACUUCACUUUCUCUUUUCCCCAUACAGUACAUAAGAAUAAUGGCACAUACUCCAUAAAUUAACACCCAGGCUUAGAGAUUGCCAUACAGAUGCUGUGCUGAUAGUUACCUUCAUUCUGCUUGUUUAUGAGGUGUUUAUAGCUGUGAAUUUCCAAUCCAUCCCAAUUUCUGCCUCUUGUAGAGAUCUAGAUUUGGUGAUACAUGACUUCAACCACGUGCAUAACCACUUGCAUGACGAGUGCUAAAUGUAAUUUUGAAAAUUAAAUCACCACUGCUUGCUCUUUCAAUCCCCUCUGUGUUUAUUCUUCAAUGCUAUGUUUCUGCAACUUGACCUUCAAUCUUGUAUGAACUGAAGCAACCCUGUUUUUCUGACCAAAUUUUAACAGCCCAUCUCAAGGGAGGUAUUCCUAAUCAUCUCAAUGUGCAGCUCCAAAUUUGUGACCUAACCCCGAUAUAUAUAACAUUAUAUUCUUGCUAACACCACCACAAUACUAGGAUAUUGGGAUUCUUCAACUUAAUGAACUCAAUAUCUGAACAAAAAAACUCAAGAAGGAUAGGGAAAUUAAAAUAAGAUCACCUGGAAUUAAGGACUCUCUCUUAUUCCUGGAAAGGAGGCAGCCCUCGGCCUUGGGGACUCCACAGAGAUUUUCCUUUCACCUCAUAUUUGUUUCCUAUCCAUGCCUACUAUACAUGACUACUGUAAACACAACAUUGAAUUAAAUCAAAGCAUUCCAGUUUCUUGAACAAUUUUCAAUGUCUGUAUUCCCACCUUACUGUACAGGGCUACAACAUGGACAGCACAGACAGAUGAGACAUUUUAAAGGGCAGGAGGCGCAGCAGGUUGUGUGCAAAUCCCCAAUCAGAUUUAUCAGUCAUCUUCAGAAUUAAUGGAUGACAAUUAUGGUUGACUGUGAAGGAUACAGUGUAUAUAUAUCCUAUACAGUAUACAUUACAUACAAGUAGUGUGUGGCUGGCUGGCACCAUAAGCAUUUUUUAGCACUGUGCAAAUUCCAGUAUUUUCACUUCCUUCAACUGCUUCAUACUUCAUGCUUCAACUUCAUAGGUUGACCCCUGUACAUCCCACAAGCUUCAGGUGAAUGGAUGCCUGAUGUCUUUGCCUGCAUUACAGUGCAGAGAAUGUAGCCAUGCUCUAGAUAUCAGGAUCCUGCUGGGCCAAUACAGUCAGGGUAAGCAGACAGUACCUCUGUACUCACUCAGCUUCAGGGGAUAUAUAUUCUAUAUAGCCCUUUGCCCAAUGACAGAUUGCCAGAACAGCAACAAAAUUUAAAAUAUUACUUAGUAGGGAAGUACUAUACCUUGAAGGACAGGGACUAAGGGCCCGUCCUGCAAUGUAAGCAAUUACAAACUUGUACAAAAUAAAAGGAGUUCUCCUGAGUGAAAUGGAAUCUUUAAUAACCAGUGAUUAAAUGACAGUACUACAGUA